GCGCAUGCGCGGCGGGUGGAGCUUGCGGAAGUCCUGACGGAAAGGUCUUUUUGUUUGGGCCGUUUGGAGAGUCGACACUUGCUUCAAUUCCCCUGGUCAACAACCGUUUUUUAUCUGCAUUAAUUUCGGGUGUCUUUUAUGAAUAAUCAAAAGCAGCAAAAGCCAACGCUAACCGGCCAGCGUUUCAAAACGAGGAAAAGAGAUGAAAAGGAGAGAUUUGACCCUACUCAGUUUCAAGAAAGUAUCGUACAAGGCUUGAAUCAAACUGGCACUGAUUUGGAAGCGGUCGCGAAGUUCCUGGAUGCCUCUGGCGCCAAGCUUGACUACCGCCGCUAUGCAGAGACGCUGUUUGACAUCCUGGUGGCCGGCGGGAUGCUGGCCCCAGGAGGGACGCUGUCUGAUGACAUGACCCGCACCGAGUUCUGCCUCUUCACGGCACAAGAAGACCUGGAGACAAUGCAAGCGUAUGCUCAGGUUUUUAACAAGCUGAUCAGGCGUUACAAGUACCUGGAGAAGGGUUUCGAAGAGGAGAUCAAGAAGCUGCUGCUGUUUCUGAAGGGAUUCACAGAGUCUGAGCGGAACAAACUGGCCAUGCUCACCGGCAUCCUGCUGGCCAACGGCAACAUAUCGGCCUCCAUCCUGAUCAGCCUCUACAACGAGAACCUCGUCAAAGAGGGAGUCUCUGCAGCCUUCGCUGUCAAGCUGUUCAAAUCAUGGAUCAACGAGAAGGACAUCAACUCUGUGGCCGGCAGCCUCCGCAAAGUGGGCAUGGACAACCGGCUGAUGGAGGAGAUGAAGAAGGCCAACCUCUCCGAGCAGGCCAUGAUCAGCAUCAUCUGGACCAGCGUGAUGAGCUGCGUGGAGUGGAACAAGAAGGAGGAGCUGGUGACCGAACAAGCCAUCAAACACUUGAAGCAAUACAGCCCUCUGCUGAAGGCCUUCACCUCCCAGGGCCUGUCGGAGCUCAGCCUGCUGCUGAAGAUCCAGGAGUACUGCUACGACAACAUCCACUUCAUGAAGGCCUUCCAGAAGAUCGUGGUGCUCCUCUACAAAGAGGCCAUCGUGAAGUGGUACACCGAGGCCCACCUCGCCAAGGGGAAGAGCGUCUUCCUGGAGCAAAUGAAAAAGUUUAUGGAGUGGCUGAAGAACGCCGAGGAAGAGUCGGAGUCAGAGGAGGAGGAGGCGGACUGAGGCCUCCGUCUGCAGACGAGUUUUUUUCUUUCUUUCUUUGUUUUUUUACAAGUAGCAGCAGGAGCGGUAGAAUGUGUUUCCUCUUCUCUCUCUUCUACCUCCUGUUACUUCUCGCCCCCCCCACACUGGCAGACAACCCAAAGGGCUCGGUCCUUAAAUCACUCUAAGCGAAGGCAAACCCCCCCUUUUCUUUGACUCUUCUGUUGUGAAACUCCUGUAACCGGGAGACAAACAUUCCCCGUCCCGUCUGGGGGCGUGGCCCCCGUGUCAUGUGACCACCAGGCCCACAGCGCAUUGGUUUUGCCAAAGUUUCCUUCUCCUGCUCAUCACCCUUUUAUAUUUAAAUCCUUCUGCCCAGCUCCCGUCCCCUCGUUAACCUUUGACCUUUUUCUUUUUGGGCGACUUGAGGAGGCCGCCCCGGUCUGCCCCCCCCCCUAAAGACGCCUCGCCAGCUACCUGAUGAAUAUUAUUGGUUUCUACUUUCUUUAAUCUGAUAUAAACCAAUUGACUUUUUUAUGAAAUAAAGAUUAUUGAAAUGACUUCUGCUGUUUUCUUUGUUUACUUCAAGAGACACUCUUUUAAAAAUUGGAUAUAAAGAAGAAACAUGAAACUUUUCUUUAGAACUUUAGAAUAAUUGGUAAACUCCUCUUUAAGUUUUUCCAUGAGGGUCAUUUUUAAAGAUGUCUUUACUAUUUUUCAUUCACAUUCUGGUUUUGAAUAGAUUUGAGUCAUAAAAUGGUUUUAAAAGCUCAUCUGUCAUAUUUUUUACACAGGAGCUCGUCAGAGUGGUCAGAAAGCAGGGAAAUGGCCCCGUUUCAUCAGGAAAUCAGAAGCCAGCUUCAGCCUUUUUCCCACCAGAACUGACUGGACUCCACAGUUGU